CACCCACGGGACCUGUGCUGAAGCCCUGCUUCACCCAGAGCGGCAGGCUAGCAGGAGUCGUGGCGAGGAGGUCCAGGGCAGUGAGGGAGGCAGGGAACCCCGUGGCAAGGGGAGCAGGUCCCACAUGGGGCACCCGCCUGCUGCAGGACAGCGAGGACUGACCUGUUUUGCCCAGUGAAAUGGAUCAGCUGUGGUGGGACAUGUCCCAUCACAGCUGAUUCUACAUCUCUUUCCAGUGCUAUGGUAAGGUCCUAUCUAGUCUGCAGCAGCAGCAGUGUGCCAUGCCUGUGCUGCUCCCAAGUACAGCCCAUCCACAGUGCCUGUGCAUGGACUUCAAACUGAGAGAGGUGUUGGUGAGGCCACUCUGGGGCCAUCACCUACUGCUCCUUGAAGAACAGAGAUCAAGAUCUUGAGAGCAUCAAGAAGGUUGCUGUAAAGUGGCCGCACCAGUGUACUUUUCGGAGUGGAGUAUCAGCAGGGCAGGCUCAGGAAUGGCCUGGCUGAGGGCCAAGGAAUGCUGAGCUGGUCACCACAAACCUAAGUGCAGACUGUGAUCCCAUUCUGACCAAAAUCACUGGCAAGUCUCUCCUUAAUCUAAUAAGAGGAACUUAGCCCCAUGAGAAGGAUUGUACCUUUUUCACUCGGAAAGAAAUCCUUCGGUUGCAUGGCCGAUACCAUGAAAUGGCACCAAACGUUGUGCCCAUGGACUAUACCAAGGAUCCAGAUGUUAAACUCCCUAUGCAGCUUAUAAUAAACAUGCCUGAACUAAAGGAGAACCCCUUCAGGGAGAGGAUUGUGGAGUCUUUCUCAGAGGACGGAGAAGGGAACCUCAGCUUCAAUGACUUUGUGGACAUGUUCUCUGUGCUCAGUGAAAUGGCUCCCAGAGAGCUCAAAGCAAUCUAUGCCUUUAAGAUUUAUGAUUUUAACACAGAUAAUUUCAUUUGUAAAGCUGACUUAGAAAACACCCUCAACAAGCUGACACGAGAAGAGCUAACAGCAGAAGAAAGUGUUCUAGUGUGUGAGAAAGUGAUAGAAGAAGCCGAUAUGGAUGGCGAUGGGAAACUAGGAUUUUCAGACUUUGAGAACAUGAUUUCCAAAGCACCGGACUUUCUCAGGUACGUCCAAGAGCGACUUCCACUGCCUUUAGAUACUCCAGUCCACAAGUUCCAAAUUGGAGACGAGGUUUUGGUCUGAAUGUGGAAGGACGAGCCUCUUCAACCCAAGUGGAAGGGACCGUAUCCCGUGAUCCUCACCACUCAUACAGCGGUAAAGGUCCAGGGGGUAAAGCCAUGGAUCCACUAUACCAGGGUAAAGGCCGCACCGGAAGUUCCUUCUGAGGGAGCAGUUGCUGAGAGUGUUGCACCGGAAGCCGACACAAACGGACAUCGUUGGACAGCGGAACCUGUGGAAGGACUUAGAUUCUUGUUUAAACGUCAGCCAUGUGGAAAGUAGUUCUUUACCUAAGUCUAGUGUUUCUAGGGUCGGAGGGAUUGUUACAUCGAAAGUUUGAGAAAAACCAAAAUGUGUGGAUUUACUUGGCAAAAGAAGUGGUGAACACAACUCACUUCUGUUUGGCUAGUGGAACAUCAGUUCAAGAUGUGUUUACCUCAUGCCUCAUAGGGGUGCCCACUCCAUUAGAAACGUUCAAAAGUCAGACUUGGCUAAAAAACUUCGACCUUUCUGGGCUUAAUCUCUGGAAUACAGCCUGUGUGGGGACCUAUUACUCAGAAAAGAAACGUUAGUACCUUUUCGAUAGAUUUGCUGACCGUGGCCUCACCUAAUAACGCCAGUUGUUUUCAAUUUGUAAAUUGUACCAAAGCAUGUGAAAACCUAACCCGAGAGGAAAGGGCUUUCAAUUGCUCAAACAAAACCAACGUGUCUUAUGGUAAUGGUAACGUCAUACUACCCUUAGGAUGGUUUCUCCUUUGUGGGAAAACCGCUUAUUCGUACAUCCCAGCUAAUGCCACGGGGGGACCCUGUACUAUUGGCAGGUUAACUGUCUGGUUACCAAAGGUGUCUAAGGCCUCCAACAGGCGCCACCGAAGAAGUUCUAGUCAGCUAGAUGAGUCCUGUGAUAGUAAUAUAAACCUCCUCAGUAAGGCCAAGGCAGUGUCUUUGGCAGUCUCUAUAGUAGGUUUACCAGCCCUGGCGGUAGGCAACCAUGGUCAGAUAAGCAAAGUGGCCUGCGCCUUAGCGAAGAGCCUGAACACGACCUCACAGGCCCUAGCUGCCCUCAGCACUGAGAUGAAAGAACUGCGGGGGGCUACGUUGCAGAAUAGGGCCGCCAUAGACUAUCUGUUACUGAGACAUAACCAUGGGUGCGAAGAGUUCGAUGGGAUGUGUUGCUUCAAUUUGACAGAUAAUUCUAAGCUAAUAGAGUCAAAGGUACAAAAGUUACAGGACAUUCUGUCACAUAUCAAACAAGAUGAUGGGUUUGAUUUUUCGUGGCUUACUUCUUGGCUUCCUAAUUUUUCAUGGUUGAAGCAGAUGUUCCUUUUAAUUGUAGCAGGUAUAUGUAUUUUCUUAAUGAUUUGUUGUGGGGUGCAGUGUGUACCUAUAAGCUGUGACUCACUCAAGAAGUUGAUACCUACCCCUGUCAACCGAGUGAUGUUCAUGAAACCUUUGGUCAUGGAUCCAAUCCAGAAGAACCGAGAAGACGCAAAACGGUUCUUGAGGCUGAAAGGAAUGAUCGAGGACUAUGGUCCCAUUUCAUAGGGUCAUAGCCUCGAAGGGGGGAUUUGAUGUAAUCUUUUUAUGUAAUCUUUUUUAUGGUAUAUCUAGCUUUUGCAAACUAUAUCUAACUGAAUACUUAAGGCAACUUGCAGAUGCUGGGAGGAGUGUGGUAUGUGUGUGUUAAGAGAUGCUUGCAGAGCACAGCGUGUGGGAUGCGGAGGAUUCCUGGAAUGCCUCCCUAACACCAGCAGGAUAAUGUCUCCCUGAUACCUGUAAGAUAGCAAGAAGUUCAGAAAAAGGUCUCAUUAUAAUGCUAAAAAUCACACCCCUGGGCAGAGCAAAAGUAUGUUAAUGAAACAUAUAUGUAUGUAAAUGAAAUACAUGGCUAAAACAUAGGUAUAGAGACAUGCUCAGUAGAGAACGUCUUAUGUCAGUGGCUUGUAACCAAUCACUGAGCGAUACACUUGCAAACAUAUGUAUAAAAGGUACCCAAAGGUAGAAACUGGUGUGCUUGCUUUGCAAACGAUUGCCAAGCACCCCUCUCUGCGCAGACUUGAAACAAUAAAGAUUAAGUUGGAUCCUC